CACUUUGCAGCCCAGAAAGAGACAGAGACCAGCAUGGCUCCACACUCAGUUCUAUUUUCCACCUUUGACCACCAGAGAUUUACCGAUAAGGAUAAAUUUAAGCUGAGAAAGCCUAUGGUUGAAAAAAUGCGCAGAGACCGCAUCAACAACUGCAUCGAUCAGCUGAAGAAGCUGUUGGAGAACGAGCUCCGCAGGCAAGACCCAAACACCAAGCUAGAGAAAGCUGACAUUCUGGAGAUGACCGUUAGCUUUCUGAAGCAGCAGCAGCGGUGUCCAGAAGUACUGGCUCAGAGAGACUAUAACCAAGGUUACUCACAGUGCUGGAGGGAGUCACUGCAUUUCCUUAACGUCCACUCCAACGGAAGACAAUCUACCGAGAAAGUCCAACAGAUCCACGAAAGAUCCAAAACAGAGCUCAGCCAUGGUUCAUCCGUGCACAGCUCCAAACACAGCCACGGUGCUCCGCAACAGCCCAACAAGCCUGUCUGGAGGCCCUGGUAGAACCCUGGAGGACUAAUAAAACCUGAGGGAAUAGUGAUGUUCCUGUCCCUCAAGAAAGUAGGAGAUAUUAAUUUCCAAGACUUAAGUUUUGCCAUCAUAUUGUUUGGCAAAACCAAUUUCGUUUUUUGCAUCGACUGUGAAACAAAAAGCUUUUUUAUCCAUAAUAUGACAUUCCCCAUGUAUCACUUAUUUCUUAUUUUUAUUUCUUCUUUUUACUUUUGCUUUUUAUAUAUAGUGGUUCGUGCAUGGUUUGUGUGAUGUCUAUAUAUUUAACUACUGUUUACUCCAGUGGAGUGUAUAUGGGGUGCGAAUCAGAUCUACGAAUUUGUGUUGUAUUUCCACGUUUUAGAGAAUAUUUCUCAUUGUGUUGUAAGUGCAGAGCAAUAUCUUCAAUUACAAUUAAGGAAACUUUUGAUAAAAGAUCCAAUCCAGUGUGUGCUCAUGUAUUGUACUUAACAUAUAUUGUGUUUUUGCAUAUUUGUAUGAUUCCAUUUAUAUAAGCUCUUAUCAAUGUUAAUAAAAUUCUAUUUUUAAAAUAAAA